AUGGCUACAGGUCCAUCCUUUCUAAAUGCUAUCAUCCGUACUCCUCGUUCUGCCUCACUUUCGAAAUCAUGUUCGCGGCAACUCUCGACCACAAGCUCGCUCUUCGCCAAACUUGCUAAGUUUAAGGGGAAGACUAUGUCCAAGGGAAAGGCGACGAAGUUGAAAGCAAAACAGCAACGGAGGAAACAUCCCGGAUACAAACAAUAUGAUUUGAAGGAUGCGGAGCAGUUUACGUUAUGUGACGCUAUGCGCUAUAUACGUGCUUUUGAAGUCGGCCGACCACCUUCGAUCCCAAAGUACGAAUGCCAUGUCAAGCUGAAGACGAAAAGAGAUGGAGCCGUCAUUCGGAAUCAAAUAAGGUUGCCUCACUUGGUCAAGACAGAUAUCAAAAUCUGUGUAAUUUGUCCGCCGGAUUCGCCGGCUGCGACACAAGCACGAGAAGCAGGAGCUACAACUGUGGGAGAAGACGAGGUGUUUGAACUCAUCAAGUCCGGCAAGAUCGAUUUUGACAGAUGCAUUGCGCAUCCGGAUAGUCUUCCCAAGAUGCAACGAGCUGGUCUAGCCAGAAUUCUCGGUCCAAGAGGGUUAAUGCCGAACACCAAGCUGGGGACUGUUGUGGAAAGUCCUGCCGGUGCAGUGAAAGGGAUGCUUGGUGGAAGCAUGUAUCGAGAGAGACAGGGAGUGGUGAGGAUGGCUGUUGGACAAUUACGCUUCACGCCGGAACAACUAAGAGACAACAUCAAAACUUUCCUCGACAAGAUGAAAAAGGAUGCAGCGGCUUUAAGUGAUACGACCCCAAAAGAGAUCAGCGAGGUGGUCUUGAGCUCAACUAAUUCGCCAGGCUUCUCCUUGAAUGGCGAAUUCAGAAGCGAGAAUUCGCCGCCAACAAGAGCAUUAUCAGGAUCAUAA